GAUAUCAGAGGUUGAUCUGGGUAGUUUCAAGAUCAACCCAGGAUUUGUAAACAGGCCGUGGGCCGGGUAACAAUUUCCAGAAGGUUCCUGCAGGCACGUUCGGAAGCGGCCAUGCGCAUGCGUGCGAAGGGGGCGGGAGCAGAGGAGAGCUGCAGCGCGCAGUAACUCAGCCAGCAUGGACCCGCAGAAACUUCGGGAUCUUAGCGCCUUUGUGCAGCUUUGCAAAGGGAAUCCGGCCGUGUUGCAUAUGCCUGAGUUGCGUUUCUUUCGGGAAUGGCUGGAAAGUAUGGGAGCAGUCAUCCCACCAGCAGCAGAACACCCGAAAUUUUCAGAGUCACCAAAGAAAGCAAAUACAGAAGAGAAGGCACCGGCUCCAUCUCCAGAGCCAUCUUCUGAGAGCGAAGAGAGCGAACUGGAGAUUGAUAAGGAAGGUGUGAUUGAGCCAGAUGUUGAAGAACCCCAGGAAAUGGGAGAUGAAAGCAUUGAGGUUUCUGAGGAGCAAAUGGAUCAAGCCAAUGAGAAGAAAAUAGAAGCCAUUAAUGCAUUGAGUGAAGGGAACUUGGAAAAAGCCAUUGGCCACUUUACAGAGGCCAUUAAGUUGAACCCACGUCUGGCUGUUCUUUAUGCUAAGCGAGCCAGUGUGUAUGUGAAAAUGCAGAAACCCAAUGCAGCCAUUCGGGACUGUGACAAAGCCAUCAGCAUCAAUCCUGACUCAGCACAGCCUUACAAAUGGAGGGGGAAGGCACAUAGAUUGCUCGGUCACUGGGAGGAGGCAGCACGCGAUCUGGCCACAGCCUGUAAACUAGAUUAUGAUGAUGAUGCUAGCGCCAUGCUGAAGGAGGUGCAACCUCGGGCUCAAAAGAUUAUAGAACACAGAAGAAAAUACGAAAGGAAGCGUGAAGAGAAGGACAUUCGAGAGCGAAUAGAGCGGGCGAAAAAAGCAAAGGAAGAACAUGAAAAAGCACGUAAAGAGGAAGAGGCUCGCCGUCCGGGGGCAGCUGGAUUCGGUGGUUUCCCAGGAGGUGCUGGUGGUUUUCCAGGUGGAAUGCCUGGGAUGGCAGGAAUGCCUGGUCUGAAUGAUCUACUUGGUGAUCCAGAGGUGCUUGCAGCUAUGCAGGAUCCUGAGAUAAUGGCUGCAUUCCAAGAUGUGGCCCAGAACCCAGCUAACAUCUCGAAAUACCAGAACAACCCCAAGGUGAUGAACUUCGUGGAGAAACUAUCAUCUAAAUUUGGUGCCAAACCAUAAAGAGGCAGAUCACAGAAUGUCUGAAAUAAAAUCUUAAUUAGAACUCCCUCCCUACCACCCAUGCACUGCUCUUGCAUCUAUAUACCUCCCAAAGUUCAGAGUAGCCUGCUUUAUUUUUGGGUCUUUUUCUUACUAGAUUUAAUUUGAUCUUUUGGAAUUUUUUUGACACAGUAAAAAAAAAAAAAUGUUGCUCAUGCAAAACCUCUCCUGCUGCUUAAUGUCUGUAGUGACCUGGGUCUGGUAACAGGUUUAUUACUUACACUGAGACUUGGAGUUCUAACCCUUUCACUAGCAAACUUUGGGGAUAUUUGAUGCCUCUAUUUUAGCAAAUCAGUUAAUGCUAAAAUAAACUGUUUAAAACUGUAGAGUGGAGAGUUAAUGCAAACAUGGAUUGCCUUAGAAAGAAAAACACGGGAACAAAUUAACUGUAUGUGUGGAGUCCAGACAAUAAUGUGCUUCUAACCGACCUUUGGCAUAGUUAAGCACAGUUUGUAUUGUGGCAUGGGAGCAUAGGCAGCAGAUGUAUUUCAGAUUUAAAACUUUGAAUAAUCCUCUGCUAGAUAACAUUAAAGAAGCCUUGUUCUCUUGCCUGCUGAGUUAGCUAAUCUCCAAGGGGAUUCAUUUGGAUGCUGUGGGUCAUCUUGGACUACAUAGGUGAGCAAUCCCUACUCCACUAUCCAGUGAUUUUACUCUUGAAUAUGAAGUUUGAUAGACUUACACUCUGGCCAAGCAGCUUUCUGACCUAACUAUUUUUGUUAAAAAUGACAAACCGGGAGAUGUAUCAGUGGGCUGCAAGUACCCUUACAGCUGCAGCCAAGGAUAAAUGACUAUCUACAUAAAUGCUAGUUUCAUGGUAAAGUACUAAAGGGGAAAGGAAUGAAGGUUGAGCACUCCCUAUAUGAAAUGUUUUGAGUAUUCAGUCAAAGGGACACUUUAUUGCCCUUGAUACCCACUACAUGACAGCUUAGUCAGUUGAUACAAACUAAAACCUUGGUCUUUAUUAUCCACCAUACAACUUUGAGCACCCAGUUGUCAAGCAGUUAUUGCUAUGAGGUUGCAACUAGGUUAAUUGGUUCAGUUGUAUUUCUCCCCAGUAACAAUCAAUACAUUUUGAAAAGGAGAUUAAUGACUCUGACGAGAGCAAUAUUAAAUGUAAAUAUCAAGCAUGAGAGCUCUACUUAUUCUGACCCUAAAAAUGUCUUUGUUUGCCUCCUUCAGAAGAUUAAAUUCUGGUGAAUUCA